UCCCUGGACCACAUCCUGGACCAGCCCCUUCACACGCUGCACCACAUCCACUCCAAGCUCCAGGCCUGUGUCCCAGCCCGGCCCACAGCAGGCCCCAGGCCCCGGGGCCGCCUCCACCACUGGCUGCACCGGCUCCAGGAGGCCCCGAAGAAGGAGUCCCGGGACUGCCUCGAAGCCUCUGUCAUGUUCAACCUCUUCCGCCUCCUCACCCGGGACCUGAAAUGUGUUGCCAGUGGAGACCAGUGUGUCUGACCCCGGAAACCCACCUGCAACGUGUCUCAGCAUCUUCGAUAUUAUUUAUGCAUCA